UCUCCCCUCCCUCUCCUUCCUGCUUCAUCUCUUCAAGAAAGUGAACAUAAAGUAAAAACACGGAGAGGGAGAGGCAGAGAGAGAAAAAGCUCCCUGAAGAGGGAAGCCCCAGCAGCCAGUAGCUGUUUGGAUUUGCCUGGCGCUGCCUUUCUUGCUUUGCUCCCAAGGAAUACCUUUAAUGGGAUCAAUUGCUUCAGUUCCUUUAUAACCAAGUCCACCGGAAAGGCAGACUCAACAUAUUAUGGGCAACUGUGUGAAGUCUCCACUGAGAAACCUCUCAAAAAAGGAUAGAGAACUGCGUCCAGAAGAAAUUGAAGAAUUAAGAGAAGCCUUUAAGGAGUUUGAUAAAGACAAGGAUGGGUUUAUUAACUGCAGGGACCUGGGGAACUGCAUGCGAACCAUGGGCUACAUGCCUACUGAGAUGGAGCUAAUAGAGCUCUCCCAGCAGAUCAACAUGAACCUGGGUGGCCAUGUGGAUUUUGAAGAUUUUGUGGAGUUGAUGGGACCAAAGCUGCUGGCAGAAACUGCAGACAUGAUUGGUGUAAAAGAGCUCCGUGAUGCCUUCAGAGAGUUUGACACCAAUGGUGAUGGGGAGAUCAGCACCAGUGAGCUGCGAGAAGCCAUGAAGAAGCUUCUAGGGCAGCAGGUGGGCCAUCGGGAUAUUGAAGAGAUCAUCCGGGAUGUAGAUCUGAAUGGAGAUGGGCGUGUUGAUUUUGAAGAGUUUGUUCGCAUGAUGUCCCGUUGAAGAUUAUUCUCAGCUAAAGAAGAAUCAGCACCUUAGAGAGGGCGGAAGAGGACCUAGAUGGAGCAUCUAGCCCCGAUGUUCCAACAUGAAGGUUUAUCGGCUGGCUGCAAUUGGGACAUUGCAAGAUGACCUGCUGCUCCUCCCUCAUGGUGGUCCCCAUGCCCCUCCACCCUUUCACACUGUGAAAGACUUGCAACUUCCUACAACUGGAACCAUUCCUUGGAGAUGAUUGCAGGAAACUGCAGAGCCAGGACUUGCCAUGAUGCUUUCAUGGGAUAUUUGCAACUUUAGACUCCUCCUCCCCAGCUUUAUUCUCCCACCAGCUGCUGCAAAGCAAGAGCAGGAGAAAUACUCUUGGCUUGGUGGAUGAGAGCAAAGCCAUUGGGACUGGUGGCAGCCUCAGGGCGUGCUCUGCACUUCUUGGUUUCCCUUGGUGAACUGUGUCUGUGUUUGCUGUCUGUGUGUGUGUGUCUAUCUGUGUGAAGUUAUUUAUGCUUCCCCGGCACAUAUUCGCAUCUCCUGUGGUUAUGUUUACCAAGAGUAAAUUUAAAUACAUGUCUCGUGGGGGGAAAGCGAUAAAUAUGCACGC